CUAAUUCAAAGGAGUAGGUUUUGUGAUAAUACUAGUAGUGAAAAAGACGCCUAGGCUUAAAGGAGGAUUGAUGUCCGCUCUGCAUCUAAUUCGUGCAUCUGUCUUAAAUUAAGGUUUACCUUACUAAUUGGCCAUGGAGGAAGUCAUAUUUACACACAUUCACUACGGUGGGACCUUUGUAGAAAAUCCUGACCCUAAUUAUCAUUCCUUUUUAGUGCCAAUCAUCAGGUAUAUCGAGAAAGACUACUUUUCCCUAAUGGAAUUAUUUUAUUAUACUAGAGAAUUAGGCUAUUUAUCAGUUGGUGGUUUUUUUUACCAAGAUGCAAAUACUAGAGAAUUCAAUGUUAUUGAGUCUGACAGACAUCUACUGGACCUAAUAAAAGACCUAAAAAAUGAGGACCCCUUUCAUGUAUAUGUCCUUCAUUCAUUGGAUACUGCCUUGGCUGAAACUGAUAGGCCUGUUGGUCUCUUAAAAGGCCCAAAAGUUUCUUCUAGUCCAACUAGGUCAUCAAAAGGGGUUGGGGCUGUUGAUAACUUAGAUAAAAAGGGUGUUGGGGCUGCUGCUGAUAACCUAGAUCAUGAGGGUGUUUGGUCUACUUAUGACAGCCUAGAUCAGGAGGGUGUUGGGGUUACUCCUAAGUUUGUAUAUGGGGUUGAAGCAUCUAAUUUAUCUGAUUGUGUGAGUAGUGAUUCAGAUCUAGGAGAAAUACCACCAGAAGAUGGGUCAGAUAUAGAUGAGGAGUUGAGAGCUAUUAGACAAGAAAGAAGAAGGAAGCAAAUAAAGAAAAAAAAAGUCUGCUGCAACUCAAGAAAUUCCAGUUGGAGAGGCUGGUGGUAUAGAUAGAGGGUUUAAGGAUAUUGGGAAAAAUAAGUCUAACAAAUAUGCUGGAAAAUUGGGUGGAGAUGAGGAAUAUAUAUUGAUAGCUCUGACUGUUGGAGUGAAGACAGUGAAGAACAGCUUGAUGUAGAUGCUGUAAGGGGGGGUAGAUUUACCUUCUAGAAGGAAAAGCAAAAAAGUUAGGUAUGAUGAAGAUUGUGAGGUGGCUGUUUUUGAGCUUGGAAUGGUCUUUGAUGGUGUAACACAAUUUAGAAAGGCUCUAGCAGACUAUGCUGUAGAAUAUAGGAGGCAGUUGAAGGUAAGACCAAAUGAUAGCCAUAGGGAAUACCAAGUGUAAAUGGGUGUUGACAACUAAGCUUGAUAGGGACACAGGUGAUUUUAAGGUGAUUACCUAUCAUCCCAUUCACAAGUGUAUUCCUUUGAACAAAAACAAGAUGUGCACUUCUAAGCUAAUAGCAAGGAAGUUCAAGGACAGAACUGUUUCUCAACCUUACAUAAGGAUAUGGGAAAUUCAGGAAUUGGUAAGGGACAAGCUUGGUCUUUAUGUUGGUAGGACUGUUUGCCACAGGGCAAAACAGAGGGUUAUGAUAUAAAAUAUGGGUGACUGGAAUCUGGAAUUUUCCAGAUUAUGUGACUAUGCUGACAUGAUCAAGCAAACCAAUCCAGGAAGUAGUUGUUGGGUUAAAAUUGAUAAGGAGACUGAACCUGGGAAAAAAAUUUGUGUGUACUUCUAUGUGUGCUUCCAGGCAUUUAAGCAAGGCUGGUUGGAUAGGUACAGAAAAAUAAUAGGAUUCGAUGGUUGUUUUCUGAAAGGAGCUUGUAAGGGUGAGCUAUUGGUAGCUGUGGGCAAGAAUGGGAACAACCAAAUGUAUCCUAUUGCCUGGGCAGUGGUGGAUACAGAGACUAAACAUAGCUGGAAUUGGUUCAUAAAGUACUUGAUUGCUGAUCUAAAUUUGCGAAAUGGUGAAGGGUUGACUGUAAUGUCAGACAUGCAAACGGUACCAUUUCUGUUCCAUUUAAUUAAAAUUUCAGUUUAGUAGAGGACAUUUCAGUAUGUUUAACUAUUUUUUUUUUUGGGUACUAUGCACACUUUUGGAAGGGACUUAUUCCUGUCUUAUUGGAGCUACUGCCAAAUGCUGAGACAAGGAGAUGUGCUAGACAUGUUUGGAGUAAUUGGCACAAAGAGUGGAGAGGAGAAGAAAGAAGGAAGCAGUUUUGGAGAUGCUCUAAGGCUAGCUUUGAAGUCAAGUUUAAAGAGGAGAUGGAUAAAAUGGCCAAAUUGAGUAAGCCCAAGAUAACGGAGGAUUUUAUGCAUUAUGAGCCUUUUACUUUUUGUAGGGCAUAUUUCAAGUUUCAUUCCAAGUGUGAUGUUGUGGAAAAUAACAUGUGUGAGACUUUUAAUUCUUGGAUCUUAGCUGCUAGACAUAAAUCUAUUAUCACCAUGUUAGAGGAAAUUAGGCAUAAAAUGAUUAAUAGGCAUGUAGACAUGAUCAAAUUUGCUGAAACUUAGAUUGAUGAUAUUGCCCCUAUGGCAAGAAGAAUAUUGAAAGAGAACAAGGAGUUGUCUAAUAGGUGUCAUGUUCAAAGGAAUGGGGUUCAUGGUUUUGAAAUUAGAGAUGGUGGGUUCACAUUUGUUGUCCACUUGGAUAAGAAAUAUUGUGACUGUAGGCUAUGGAUGUUAAGGGGUGUUCCUUGCCCUCAUGUUGUUUGUGCUUAUUAUUACUUGAAUCAAGAUCCUGAUGCACAUAUAUAGCAUUAGUAUAGGAAGGAAACAUUUCUUAAGGCUUAUAGACACUUCAUCCAACCUAUUACCAAUAUGAGGAUGUGGCCUAAGACUACAAACCCAUCAAUAGAGCCUCCAGUGCCAAGAAAAAUGCCUGGGAGACCAAAGAAGAAAAGAAUGAAGGAUAAAGAUGAGCCAAAGAAAUAUGGAAAGCUGUCAAAGAAGGGUGUGAAAAUGCCUUGUUCAUUUUGUAAACAAGUUGGCCAUAACAAGACUGCCUGUGGAAGAAGACAUGGAAUGGGUGGUCCUUCUCAACCAAUACCCUCAACUGAAAGGCAAGGUGGUCAAUCUCAACCAACUCCACCAACUCAAUCCAGCUCUGUUUGUAGUGACACAAGUUCUGUGCCAAGAGAUGCCCAAAUUGUUGCUCCAACACCAGCAAUAAGUAUAUCUUGUAAAAGUUAUUUACAUCUUCAUUUAAAUAAUACAAUUUAUACACUUUGGAUCAUUUAUAUUUUUAAUUGUGUAAUAUAGUCUAGAACGAAGAGU